AAGUCCAAGUUUAAAUUUAAUCAAUACUGUCCUGACAUUCCAUGUUUCAAUCUGUUGUAUAAUGAAUGCAUGUAGAUGGAAACUUGGACUUCCUCUUUCAACAGGAAGUAGUGACUUCAGCAGGAGCAUUGAGCACAUGCCACUCUAAAUGCAGAGGUCUAACAGAAGAUCUUCCUUACCUGGUUGGCAGGAUGAGUGAGCGACUGUGCGGGCUGUGUUUCCACAACUUCAGCAACUUAAAGCAACACCUGAAAGUGUCCCACACCAUUCAGAACAAAGAAGAGUUCCAGCUUUUGAUGCGAUAUGGGAAUUCACGAACUAGCAAAUCCUUGGAAUGCCCAAUAUGUGGGAAGGGGAAUCUCGUCCGCCUUGAUAAACACUUACAAAUAGCGCAUAAAAUUGGUUCAGCAGAGGAGCGAGAACCGAUCAUGAAGCAGGCCAAGAGAGCAGUCAUAGUUAAAAUGCUGGCAGAACUGCGUGAGUCCAACCCUGAUGUGCCCAUGGUAUCCAGCUUGGACAUGGGAGUUACCAUGGAACAUGAGGAAUUUGUUCCGCCCAUUGGAGAGAUAAUUGAGGAGGCUACUUCCAAGGAACUGAGAGAGGAGCCAGAGGGAUUGGAGUACAGGGAAGAGGAGGAGGCCUCGAGUAUCAAUUCAUCAUCCAACAACCAUCCUGCGACUGCAAUACAUUCUGAAUUCCAAUGUUCCACCCCUAUAACUCAAAGACAGGAUCAUGAUUACAACAUGUCGUCCUCCAGUGACCUUCCUGAACACACUGGUCAGCUGCUGUUUUCCACCCCUGUUUCUGGGGCCCAAAACUCCUCUGCCAGUCACCAAAUCCCUUCCACCGCCCUGUGUGCAUCCAUGCCUCCGCCUUCACACGAGACAGUGAUUUCUUCUAACCUACCGGGGCACUUGAGUGGCCACAGUGAACACUCGACUGGUUCAAUGUCAAGGGACAGCAUGUGUUACUGCGAGCAGUUGGAUUCCAGGUUGCAGCAGUUGGAAAAAAAGGUGGACAGUUUGAUGGCAAUGCAGCAACAGACACCCAUCCUGACCAAAGCACCUCUAUCUGUUCAAAAAAGUGAGCAUGUCGGCAAGGGAAAAAAGGGCGCUUGUUUCUUUGAAAAGGCUGUAGAAGACUUCUUCAAGUUUCGCCUGGGGCCACGGACUGGAAGGAAGGACAGGGAAAAUGCAAGACAGUGUUCAAGCCAUGCUUUUCGCUUUUGCCUCUACAUGGCUGCUGGUCUACCCUCCAAGAUCGUCUCCAGUGACCUAAGAUUCCUGAACCAAAUGGACAAGUUGCGUGGUUGGCCAACAUACCUGGUCCAGAAGGGCUACGCACCCUCAUCAAUGAAAAACAUGUUGACCAACGUGAUUAUGUUUUUCAAGCAUAUUGAAAACUCCUUCCUGACUCAAAGUAAGCUCAAACAGAAUGAAAUAAAUAAAAUCCUGUACGAGCUGAAGAGGAUCCAGGCCGAGAUUCAAAGAACGCUGGUUGUCCACCGGCAAAAAGUGUUGCGUCGUAAAACAGAUGAUCAGCUUCAUGCAGCUCAGGAAAGCGCUUUCAUGACAGCUGCGAGGGAAAACAUUCCUAAACUGUUUGAUCUAUUGGAGAGCAGUGGAAAUCAGGAGAAUGAGCAUUCUAAGCUAAUGGGCUACAUCAUGGGCUACCUGUGCAUCCUCACUGGACACAGAUCGGUUGUCCUCACCAACAUGACAAAGGAAAAUGUGGUCAACUUUGUCGGUUGGAAUCAUGGCAAGAGAUUCCAAGUUCUGGUGGAUGACCACAAAACCAUGCAGUCAUUUGGUCAGGCUGCAUUCAACCUAAAUGAGGAGGAAUUUAGGUGGCUGGAAAACCUCGUCAACUUCAAGUGCUGUCCUCAAGGUCAGGCCAGUGAUUAUGUUUUCCACACAACACUUGGAAAACAGAUUGGUAAGGCCGGGCACUUCCUUCAUCUCGCUUGGGUGGACUGUGGAAUGAAGGGCACAAUCAGUUUUAACAAGAUCCGGAGCAGUGUCUCUACUCAAGCCAACCAAUACCUCUCUGAAAAGGAGAGAAAACAGGUGGCAAAAGCCAUGUGCCACGACCCCAGCACGGCAGAGAGAUUUUAUGUGGCUCUGCCAGACAAAGUCACAGGAUAUGAGACAAGGAGGCUGAGACUAAAGGCUUUAAAGAUGGCCAUUGCAAAACCCUCUGAAGAGGAUGAAAAGAUAACUGAUACUUCAUCAGACGACACACCAGAGACAAGCACAGAGGAUGAGGAGCCAAUCUACGAUGACCACGAGUCCGUCUCUUCACUGUCAUCUGAGGAGUUAAGGGUCAUGCGUAAAAGACGUGGAAGGCCUUCCAAGGCAAGAAGUGGGGCAAGAAUAACCUCCAGUUGUGAGGUUCCCACAUCAUCACAGGACAGCCUUCCACCAGCGCAACCUCUCAAGUCUAAGAGGAAAUUGGAUUUCUUAACUGAAGAAUCUGCAGAAAUACAUAUCUACACACCUUCGAAGUGUGCUAUUGUUGUUGAGAAGUUGCACCAACCAAUUGCUGAGUAUUAUCUCUUCAAAGCAAAUCUUUCCAAUGCCCUGCCUGGGCAAGCACCCCUUGCCGACCUAAAGAACCUACCUGCACACCUAACUGAGCAGAGCACCAUGUUCCUUGCAGCACAGACGGCUCUGGAGGAACCAAGUAGCGAGCCCGAGCCCCUCACUGCCAAGACCACAGAUUGUGUGUCAGUGCCCGAAACUGAGCUGGUCCCAGGGAAUGUGCCAGCACCCUUGAGCCCCGUACAGCAGACUCCCGACUGGCUGAUACAAAUACAAGAGGAGAAGGAUGCACAAACCCCAGUGGGACUGGACCCAGAAUGUGUUCUGAAUCUUAUAUUCCAGGAGACACCAGAGUUGGUGCCAGAAACACCAGAAGACCAGAUGCCACAAACCCAAGCGGAGGAUGUGCAGAAGCCCUAGCCAGGUAGGGCCUGGAAUGUGCCACAAACCCCAUCAGAGGAUGUUUUUGGGUUUGUGUAUUUCCCUUAUUCAAGACACUAAAACAUAUUGCCCCUUGGA